AUGGCUUCAACCGCGAUAAUUAUGGCCGCCCUAAAUCUCGUCAGCGACAAAAGAGGCUGUGUUCACUCAGGGUACCUGGCCCGCAGAGUUGGAUGGUCUAGAAUGGCUCACAAGGGCCUCCCUCCUAUAGUCUCCGGUCCUCCAGAGUUUGAACAAACUUUUCGUGCACAUCAGAACUGUGUGGAGUUCUACCCCUUGUUCUUGGUGACUCUGUGGACCUGUGGGAUGUUCUUCAGCGAGGUGCUAGCUGCAGCAACAGGUCUGGUCUACAUGGUGGCCAGGCAGCUCUACUUCAACGGCUACACCCAGUCCACCAAGAAAAGGUUACCCGGCUUUCACCUGACCCUGGCUGUACUUCUCACCCUGUCCGUUCUGGCUGUGGUUGGAAUAACGCGCGGACUCUUGGACAAGUACUUUUAUACCCAUAUCUGA